AUGCUGGAUCCGUUGGCUUCAAAGCUAGGAAGAAGUUUGGCAAGUGAUGUCGAAAAUUUGGCCACAGAGGAGGAAAUUUCAUCUUCCUUCUCCCAUGCCUUCGCAUCCAAGGCUGCAAGCACCAUCCACAAGAGGGCUGGUUCAUUGUGUAAGUUUGCAAGCUGGUGCAUGCGAGAGGGAGCAUCUCCCUUGAGGUUUGAAGAGGUGCAUCUGUAUCGCUACCUAUGUGAUCUUCAGAAGUCCGCUGGGGCUACAUCAGGAAGCCAUCUGAUUGAAGCCCUACGCUUCUUAGAUUCGGUGGUGAGUUUGGUUCACAUUGAGGUCGAGGAGGUGAUGUCGGCUCGGUGCCGUGGUGUUGCUCAGGAAAUGCAUAUGGCCAAGGCUCCGCUGAGGCAGAAGAAGGCUUUAACCAGGAAGCAGGUGGAACAUCUUGAGCUCUUCACCACGCGUGUGGACGAGGAAUCAGGCGACGUCCUGAUUUACGGUGAAAGGUUGCUGGGGUUCGCAACGACAGCGUCGGAAGCCAGCAUUUACCUCCGUGAGUUUCUUCAAAGCAUGGACCCGAGCUACGGAGAGCUGCGGGAGUUGGGGACUCAUUCUAUGAAGAGGACUUUGCUAAGUUGGGCGGGGAAGUCCCAUCCAGUCACCUUCACUCAUCCUGAAAGACGUCUUUUAGGACAUCAUCUGGAUCAGGAGAACAAAUCGGUGGUGGUCUACAGCAAGGGCGCGUACGUGGCCUUGUACGGAAAGGUCCUUGGGAUGUAUGCCACAGUUCGUUCCGGCCUUUUUGAUCCUGACAUGAGUGCUGUGAUGAGGAUGAAAUCCAUUGCGCAUCGAGUGGGUAGCUUGAGCUCGGGCUCCGAUGAGCCGACCGAGGACCUCCAGGAGCUCGGGAUGGAAUCGCGAGACAUUCUCCGUGACCUGCCGAUUGACCCACAGCCGAGUGCGGUCAAUGUCAGCGGUGGUAUGCGUCUAGCCGUCCAAGUGAUAGGAGAACGCAUGCUGAGCAACAUGGCUGCCGCGUCCUUGGACUCGGAGGCAUCCUUCAAGGAACGGGCCUUGAAGGUGUCCUGCCUUAGGAGGUUGCUGUUUGAGGCCAACAGCUUGAACAUUGCAGACCUGCACACUCGUGUGGAGCCUCCGGCUGAUAAUGUCGUGCGUAAGCUCCCAGCAGCAGAGCGUGCGGCCCGUGCCCAGGCGCAGCAGGCUCGCCUUGUAGGGGUGGUCUUCACCCCGGAGACUAUUCCGUCUAAUGGCCUGGUGGAUCUCUUUGUGGACCAACUGGAGUCAGAGAUUCUGCCUGAGCGUUGUGUUUCAAGGGCCCAGGAAAUGAUGUCCGUGAAGAAGGAUAAGACCAUCAACAUCGACCAAGAUGGCCGUAUGCGCAUCAAUUCGAAGCCCAAUGCUGACCGUGCCCUCUUCAUGUAUGCCUCUGAAAAGUUGAUGGGUCGGCUUGCUGCUCCGGCCGGACAGCCCAAGCCGCUUGAUGACGUCAUUCAAGAAUUGAUGCACUCACCACAGGUCACUCAGUUUCUGCAGCCUGUCCAACGCCCGCCUGACCCUCCUGCCGGUUGGGAUGGCAAUGCUUGGAAAGGCAAGGGUAAGAAAGGCAAAGAAGGCAAGGACGGAAAAGGAAAGACAGGCAAAGGCACUGGUGCAGCUCCUUCCAAACCUGACAUUCCUGAGGGCUGUGUAUCUCGAGAUGCUGCCAAUAAGCCCAUCUGUUAUGGAUUCAACCGCGGCACAUGCCGAUGGAAGGGCAAAGCUGGCCGAUGCCAGAGAGGACUGCGCAUAUGCUGGAAGGACCCGGGCACGGCUUCUCUUGCUCGGGCCGUGCCGCUCUCUGUGCAAGGGCAAGACUUUUCUACUGCCACUGUCGGCGGUACCAGGACAUUCGACGAUGCCGAGGCUCUAGCCGCGGAGUUCUUCCUGAUUCCAAAGGUCGCCGCCAAGGGGGCUGAUGUGCAUGUCGAUCGCCAUAACUUGCCAGGCAGCUUGAGCGCUGUCAUUGCGAUUACAGAUUUUAAACAGGGUGGCUUGGUUGUCGAGGACCCCGAUGGUCCCGAACGCGCUUGCUUCCAAGGAAAGGUUAUCCAUGGCCGGAUAAUUCCUUUUCAAAAUCACGUCCUUGUCUGUGAUGCUCAAUCCCAGCGGCAUUGGACCCAGGCUUGGCAAGGACGCAGGCAGGUUCUGGUGGCUUACAGCGUGCCCACUCAGGGUUUGUCUGCUGAGGACAUUCAAUUUCUGCGCGACUUGGGUUUCUCGCUGCCUUCUGCUACGAGAGUUCCGCGACCCGUCCGGGAUAGCCGUCCCUGGGCCAUGGAGGUUUUCGCGGGGUCUGCGGUGCUGUCUAAAGCUUGGAUCCGAGCUGGCUUCCGUGUGCUCGCCAUCGACAUUUGUGUUCGGGGUGCACAAGUGCCCAUUGCACCUUUGGAUUUGACUUCGGCAUCGGGCCUUAAGAUUUUCUGGGAUCUUGUGGCUAAACUGCAGCCAGAGGCCAUCCAUGUCGGGGUUCCAUGCGGUACGGCUUCUCGUGCUCGAGAGAAACGCCUUCCAGCCAAUGUUGUGACGGCUGGGGCCCCUGAGCCCCAGCCUUUGAGGGACGCUUUGAAUCCUAUGGGCUUGCCGAGUUUGUCUCCUGGCUCUCUUGACGCCCUCCGAGUUACAAAGGCUAACCAGCUCUAUGAGCUUUCCCUUGACAUUGCCUUGUUUUGUGCCGGCCGCGAUAUUGUCGUGUCCAUUGAAAAUCCGGCCAGAUCUUGGGCCUGGGCGGCCAUCGUUGAGCUCCUGCACCGCAGGGCUAACGCCUCUGACUGUGCCUGCUUUAAUCGCCUGCAAUCCGUCAUUUUCCAUUCCUGCAUGCAUGGGGGCAGCCGUCCCAAACAGACCAAGCUGCUGUGUACCGCUGACGUUUAUGCCACCCUCAGCGCCCAGUGUGAUGGGCGGCAUCAGCAUGAGCCCUGGUCUAUCGCAGCCAAAGAGGGUCGUUGGCAUUUUGCCACUGCCCAAGAGGCGGCCUAUCCUGCUCUUCUGGCAGCUCGCAUGGCCCGCUGUUUGCUGCUUCAUGUGCGAGCCAAACGUCCUGCCGUCCGUUUGGAGCCGGCCCUCUCCGUCCUGUCAUCUGCCGCUGUGUCGCGUCAGACUCGCAAGCACGCCGCCCUGAUUCCAGAAUUUGCUCAGGUGAUCCAGCUGCCAACUUCUCAGGUUGAUAAAGGCAUGCGUGUCCUUCGCGAGGUCUCGUUCCAUGGGGAGUGUGCGGGAGACUGCGAAUCGAACAACCCUAUUGCCGAGGCCCAAGCGCAAGCGUUGCAGCACCCAUUCGAUACCCACAAUCCUGUGGCUGCUGUCACUGUGGAUGUGAUCGACUUUCUGGUGAACUCUUCUCCGCAGCAAGUGACUUUGCACAGGAAGCUGGCCUUGCUUAAGUUACAGCUGCUGAUCAAAAAGGGUGAGAGAGAGGAGGCGGACCUCCACAGUAAGAUGCAUCCUUCAGUGGCUAAGGCCUUACUUGAACAAGAAGGUUAUGAUGACCUUGAGGCAGUCAAGUUCUUGACCGAGGGUGUACAUGUCAUGGGCUCUGAACCCCACCCUCCUUGCUUCGACAAGAAGGUGAAAGCCGCUACGCUAACUGAGCAAGACCUGCGGGAUACAGCCAAGGAGAGACGGGAAGCCAUUGUUGGUGAUGAUGCACCCGGCGACGCGGCCAAGGCUCAACUCUUGUUUAAGGUCACGCAGGAGGAAGUCGACCUGGGUUUCCUAGAUGGGCCGUACACGGCUGAUGAAAUCUCAAACUUGGUGGGGCACGACCAGUGGUGCGUCAUAAGAAGGUUUUUGCUGGAUCAAGGGUCGAAACAUCGGCCUAUCGAUGAUGCCUGUCAGUCGCAAACCAAUGCUGCCUACAGCGCUACCAUCCGCUUGGAGCUUCACAAUGCUGAUUACGUAGCAUCGUUGGCCCUUCUCAUCGCCAAGAAGGCCAAAAACCAAAAGCACGGGUCAGGUGCAUGGCUGGGUAAAUGCCUCGACUUAACCAAGGCUUACAAGCAGGUAGCAUUGCACCCGGAUCAACGAGAUUUAUACAUAACCUACUUCAGAGGACCAGGGGGAGAGGAACAAUUUUUCCUCCCCAAUGCGCUGAUGUUUGGCGCCACUGCCGCCGUUUUCGGGUUCAUUAGGAUUAGUCGGUGUCUCUGGUUUCUCGCGAACAAAGUCAUGAAGGUUCCAUCAGCUUGCUAUUUUGACGACUACCCUCUCUUCGCACCAGAAGAGGGGGCCCAGGAGGCAGAUGAAUGCAUAAGUCAAUUCUUCACCAUGCUGGGGUGGUCUCACGCCGUCACAGGCGAAAAAGGCAAGCCGUGCUCAUCGUCCUUCGAUGUCUUAGGACUUACUUUGGACUUAUCGCAACUGCAGAAAGGUUUAGUGGUUCUCAGGAACAAACCCGGACGGGUGGAGAAAAUCUUGAGUGAGUUUGACAAGGUCUCUGAACCGGAAGCCAUCACCCGCCACCAGAUACAGGUCCUCCAUGGGCUGUUGAAUUUCGCUGCGGGGUUUUACUCCGGAAGGGUGCUGAAACACUUGUGUUAUGAUCUCCUGGAGUUCCUUGAAUGGCGCGGCCCGGUCGCUUUCCAACGGCUCCAGAAGCUUUCAACACGAGUGAAGCAUGUGCUGGAAUCGAUGCCGCCCAGGGUCUUGUCGUGCAACUUUGCUGCUUGUGAAUCAAUACUCGUGUGGACCGAUGGCUCGUGGGAAUCGGGACAUGCGGGUAUUGGUGCUUGCAUCUGGGAUCCCUUGAAACAGUGUGGACAUGUGCUAGGAGGUGUGGCUCCAGCUUGGGCGAUUGAGUCGUGGAAGGAGGACUUCGAUGCUCGGGAUGGCGAGCCUCAACUUAUAUGCCACAUUGAGUUGCUAGUUCUAGUGGCGGUAAGAUGGAUGUUCCAAGAUCAAUUCCUGAGCAGGCGAGUGAUUAUGUUCGUCGACAAUGACGCCGCUCGGUAUGCCAUUCUGAAGGGUGGAAGUGGAAGUGACGGGAUGAACAACUUAGUCCAGUUGUUCGACCUUCCUGAUCUAAAGUUUCCGUCUUUGUAUUGGAUUGACCGUGUACCGUCGAGUAGCAACAUAGCGGACGGCCCUUCCAGAGAUGACUUCGCUUUGGCACUUAAGUUGAUGAAGGCCACUUGCGUGGAAGCCUUCGCUUGGCACGACGAGCUUAAGACUUCAGUCAUCACAAGGCGCAAGAGGAAAGGGGUGUGA